AUGGAGAAGUGGAAUAAGUCCAACCAUAUUGCGCUUCUCAUCAUAAAAGCGACAAUAUCGCCGGACAUUUCUGAAGCACUCCCUAAGAAAGAUACUGCUAAAGAUUUCCUCACUGAAAUGGAGGAGCAAUUUAAAGGCUCCGACAAAGUGUAUGCUCAUGAGCUUUUUGCUAAACUUCUUCAGAAAUACACUAUUGACGGAAAUGUUAGGCAGCACAUAUUGAGGGUGGUAAAUGCUUUCACCAAGCUUAAGGCUUUGGAGUGUUCUUUAAGUGAAGCCCUUCUUGUCAUAAUUAUUCUUGAGUCUCUUCCUGAAGAGUUUGAACAAUUUAAGGUCAACUAUAACUCUCUAAAGGAAAAAUGGCCACUCUCUGAGAUGACCGCAAGGAUCGUCCAGGAGGAAGAAAGGAUCAUGAGGCAGAAGAAAGACCAUGUCUUUCAUGUUGGCUCUAACAAGAGAAAGCAUGACGGACAAGGUUUCCCUAAGCCUCAGAAAAGGAAAGUCAAGAAAGAAGGCACUAAGCCAUUCAACCCUAAGGCAUUCAAGGGUAAAGAAGCCGGUGGUUCUUCUGCUCCUAGCAGCUCCACUGCUGGAGAAAAUGCUUGUAACUUCUGCAAAGAAGAGGGACACUAUCAAAGGGACUGCCCAGGCUUUCUAAAAUGGAUGAACAAAAGAGGGAUUCGAUACGAUCCAAACCAUAAGAGGAGGAACAAGAAAGCUUAAGGUUGCGAACGGAGUUGAGGCCGAUGUUGAAGCUGUGGGAUCUCUCACGUUGGAGCUACACACUGGCCACA